AUGAGGAGAUGGCGAGUGUGUCAGGACCUUAGGUCCAACCCCUUUGAAGAAAAUGCCUUAACAGAUCAUUACCAAAUACUAACAUCCCUUGGCCAAGGAGCUUUUGGGGAAGUCAAAUUGGCUAGCCAUCUCCUCACCCACACAAAGGUAGCAGUAAAAAUUCUCCCCAAAAGCAGGAGAAAACCCCUCGUCAAAUCCGAAAUUGAAAUCAUGAAAUCCCUCGAUCAUCCCCAUAUUAUUAAACUUUUACACAUAAUCGACACCACCAAAAACAUUUUCAUCAUUCUGGAGCACGCUGUGGGAGGAGAGCUGCAAGGAAGAAUUGUGGAGUUUGGGUACCUAGCAGAGGAGGAGUGUCACAGGCUCUUUAAACAGAUUGUGUGUGCACUUCAGUAUUGUCACCAGAAAGGGAUAGCCCACAGGGAUUUAAAGCCAGAAAACAUUUUAUUGGACUGCAAAGGAAAUGUAAAACUGAGCGAUUUUGGAUUGAGUACCAAGAUAAUCACUGGCCAGAAGCUAUCAGCAUUUUGUGGGACCCUCCCUUACUGUGCCCCAGAACUGUUUGCAGGUCAAGGGUACGACGGCCGGGCAAUUGAUAUCUGGAGCUUGGGGGUUGUGCUAUACUUCAUGUCCACGGGAUGCCUCCCUUUCGAGGGAUAUACUUAUGAAGCAAUAAAGCAGAGGAUCAUGUCAGGAAAGUACUCCAUGAGCUUCAGGCUGUCAGCAGAACUUUGGGAUGUAAUAGCCAAACUGUUAACCGUCAACCCUGGAGAAAGACCAACAGUCCAUGACAUAGUCAGAUUUAAGUGGCUAAAGCAGAACAGUGAAGCUUCUCCUGCUUCUCUGGGAGAGGACACUGACAGCCAUCCUGACCCCAUUAUAAUAGACAUCAUGGGUGACCUGGGAUAUAAUCCAGGAGAGAUAAGGGAAAGUUUGCAAGAGAAAAAGUUUGACCAGGUGAUGGCUACUUAUUUAAUGAUCAAACAACAGUCACCCUGGGAAGACAGGUCAACCAAAAAACCGGAUCCUAAGCAGUGUGAUCAAACUUUGGAAAACACAGGGUCAACCAUGAAAAACCAAACAGCAGUGAGAAGGGGGUCUAGUGUGCCUACCCUUUCCACCUUCAAUUUUCCCAAUGAACCAGAAAGUCUUGAGAAGGGAAAAAGAACUAUAAUGAGCCACACUAUGCCACCCACCCUUAACUGCUUCAACAACCAUACAACUCCAGUUCACCGAAUCCAACUCCAGCCUGACCAGAAGGCUGACAUUCUGAUGAGUGUCUGGGGUGAGACAGAGAGCUGUGACAUAGCAGAAGAAACCUCUAGCAGAGAAUCGAAGUAUUCAUUACUGAAAAUCCACCCCAUCCACUCAGCCAUGGGUAUUUCCAAAACUGGCUCUACCCAUUCAAUGAGCAAGGGGUCCUCACAGUGUGUUUCAGGUCAUCAUGCCUCUGUGGAGGAAGACCAGUGUAAGGGCACCAACAUACGCAGAGGAAAGGUCAACCCAACUCCUCCACCAGCCUCACCUCAGCGGGACCUCGUGAGACAGCUCCAUAUUGUCACUACAGCUGGGCCAGUGGACAACAGGAAAUCACAAAAUAGACCACCUCAAUUGUCCUGCAAGGAGGCCAAGGGUGAGGGUCCUGCCAUAAAAGAGAGAGAGUCCAGAUCAUCCUCCCCCCAAACAGCCCGGGGACACUUCCUCCGUGGCAGGCGUCAGACUGCACCCCAGGCCCCCUUUAAUAGAAGGGUCUGGAAGACUUUGAAGAAUGGCUUUCUAAAAGGCCUGGGAACAUUAUGUUGCUGCCUGCCAAUCCAAAAGAGAGUGCACGUAGAAUCCUGGCUGUGA